GCGCUUCUGCUCUUCUGCAUGUUUUCAGUAAGGUGUAUCGCCUUCAGAAGUUACUGUGCAGGUUUAUUUUUGUUUGAUCCUGGUUUCCACGCGUGUCUCUUAAUGGUACUGUCAAGUCAUAAAUCCUCCCAAUGGAGAUAAAAGCACCUGUCAGAAGAUACGAAACAAGAAAUAAGGCAGCAGGAACAGAGCUGUCGUCUUCCAAAUCCCGGGUCGAUUGGAGGCGUACUAAAAGGGAACUCAUACUACUUGACAGCAGUGACGAAUCCUCAGCUACCUCUGAGGAGGAGGAGCCUACCACAUCAGAAAGUGAAAUAGAUGAAAACGAUGAAACUUUCAUUAAGAGCAGUCUUUCAGAUCGGGAAGAAAAAGGCCACAAUGCAGAAGGAACAGAUGAUGAGGAGGAUGAGUGCAUUGUGCCUGGGAAGCGUAAGAGGUCGAACACCUCUGUCUUGUAUGACAGUGAUGAAAGUCAGGACAGUGACAUACUGGUUAGAAAAGUUUUUGCUAAGCGCCGCUGUAUAAUGGAUGAGGAUGACAGUUCCGAAGAACAGCAACCUGAUAAAACAUGCCCUACAGAGAAUGUUACUACUAGUAGGAAACAGAAAGUGUUUGCAAAACUGAAAGAACUUGCAAGAAAAAGUGCAGCUCGGAGAUCUUGCAGCAGUGCAAAUUGGGAGGAUUCUAAUAGUGAAGCAGAAAUAGAAGAGGAACCGCUUUGUCACUUGCCCCUCACACCAACAGAAGGUAGUGAAACUGACAGUGGCAGCAUGGAAGAUUUUAUAGUAGAGGAAGAUGAAGAUGAUGAUGAUGAUGAUGAUGACAACAACACAGAGCGCGUAAAGAGUGAAAAUCAGCCACAGCAAAAGCAACUAAAUACAUCAAAUAGCGAGUUGCUGUCAUACUACAUCCCACAGUUACCUCGCUGUGAUCAUUAUGUACACUUCAAAAGAAUAGUAAAGGCUUUCCUCAUAAAUGCAAUUGAUGACACUUUUCUGAGCUCAUUAUAUGAUGGAACAAGACAAAAGAAGUAUGCACAAGAUAUGUUGCUCUCACUUCAUUAUUUGGAUGACCGCUUCAUUCAGCCUCGGCUUGAGAACUUAAUCGCUAGAAGUCGCUGGAAGGAUCGAUACAAGGAGCGUGUGGAUUGUUACCCAGAUGUUCGCAUAAUCUUGAAAAAUCCAAAAACUAUGUAUUGUCAGGCCUGUGAAUUGAAGCGGUAUUGUAAGUUUAAAGUGUUGCUCUCUGGACAGCUUUAUAAUAGUAAAACUUUGGAAGUGGAUGACUUCAUGUCAAAUGACAAGCAGGUUUUGAAGGUUGGCUUGGUGUGCGCAAAUCGUACAAGAAUUUAUCACAAUUUGAAGCACUUCAAGUACAAGUUGUAUGUGGAUUGCAGCUCUGUUGCCGAAUUGGAUGGUGUUGAGGAUGAACCAGUCAAAGACACUGUAGAACGGCUUUUCAGCCACUUGGAAGAGAGUGGGUGGAUUCAGAAGAGAUACGAUGAUCUUGAAGAUUGCAUGGAUGAUGCAGACAGUUUUCAAGAAGAGAAAAUUGAUUAAGUGAUCAUAUAGCUCUUUGAAAGACAUCUUAUAAAAAUUUGAAUGGCCUGCUUUAUCUGCAUGCACUUUAUCUCUUCUUGGACUUCAAGAUUCUAUUUAGGCUACACCAAAAUUCAUAUAUGCCUUUAAACUGCUGUUUGAUAAUGUGUUGUAUCUUUUUUUCUCAUCUGUGUCAAUAAUAACCCAAAGGUUUACCAAA